GGCACACAGCAGCAAAAGUGAAAGAAGAUUGAGCAGUCGACAGAAAAAGGAGCAUCAGUUCACACACACAACUGCAGCACACGGGCUUAAGAUUUUACUGUGAACUUCAGACGAGUAUAGAAUCAAACAUGGGAUCUUCUCCAUCUAAACCUGAAUUUGUUACAGUUCUGGCUGAGAAACAUGUUACAAGUGGAGCUGAUAUUCUUCUUCAAUGUGAGGCAAACACAGAAGAUGUAACCGCAUCAUGGCAGAAGGACAGCCAUUCACUGUCUUGUGUACACGGAAAGCACACUGUGAGCAAAAGGGGAACAACAUUUGUCUUAAAAAUUUCAAAUGCUCAGGAAAGUGAUGAAGGGAAUUACACCAUAACCCUGAGCAACAGUUCAGGUUCAGCGUCAUGCUCUGCCAUUGUCAGAGUCGAAAUUAAGGACUGGCGUGAAGUGCAAUGGAGCAAAAAAGAUUUAAUGUUAAAGACUCUCAAGUCAUUUAAGAUUUGUAAUGAAGUCAAAGAGCUCCGCUACCUUGUGUAUGGACCAGUUGGAGCAGGAAAGUCCAGCACCAUAAACACCAUCAGAUCCAUUUUUGAAGGACGUCAGUUUGUAAACUGUCUGGCUGCUGCAGAAUCUACUACGAGCCACACUCUAUGUUUUGAAAGUUACAGAUUUGCAAAUAGAGAAGAAUCAUUUCCCUUCAUCUUCUACGAUAUAAUGGGUGCAGAGGCAGAAGAAGACGGGGUGCAAACUCAAGAUGUCAUCAGUGCUUUAAAAGGUCACAUAAAAGAGGGGUAUACGUUCAACCCUGACACUCCAUUGUCUAAAAGCAACCUUUAUUACAAUCAAAAUCCCAGCCUGAGUGAUCAGAUGCACUGCCUGGUGUAUGUUGUACCAGCAGAAAGGGUUUCAGUGAUGGAAAAAGCUUUUCUCAAAAAAUUGGAGAGUGUCAGAAAAACAGCAAGCAUAAUGGGAAUCCCUCAAGUGGUUUUCAUGACAAGAGUAGAUCGUGCAUGUCCAAUGACAAAGGAGAAUUUGCGCAACGUCUACAAAAGCAAAAAGAUCAGAGAAAACAUGAGAAAAUACAGUAAUGCCCUGGGUGUGCCUGUGAACUGUAUCUUCCCUGUCUUGAACUAUCAUGAGGAGACCCAUGUGAAUGAGGAUAUAAACUGCCUGAUGCUGGAUGCCUUAAUACAGAUUAUACAUUUUGCUAAUGACUAUGUGGUCAAAUUCUCUAAGAGCAAAAGUUUACAUCAACAAUCACAUUGUGAAUAAAAAAGAAAAAAACAAAACCACAAGAUAUGAAAAGCAGAACGACAAAAAUAAUUUCUGAAUUUCUAAAGGCUAAUUGUUAUUUAAAUUCACCUUAUCCUCAAUCCAAAUCAAUCUAAUAAUGCAACACAUUUGAAAAUAUAAACUUUACAGUAUAUUAUUGUUAUCCCAUUUUUAAAAAGAAUCUAUUACUACAGAUACGAAUAUAAAAUGGUCGCUUUGCAUGAGGCAGAAUCAAAAAAUAGUACAACUUAACAUAAUACUUACAGUAGGUAGUCAACGGGAAUGCCUAUUACCGCCAUGCUCACCACCGUUGCAAAACGCCAGCGGUCAAAAUAAACUAGUUUAGCAUUUCGAAGUCAUUCAUGAGAGGACCGCCAAGUGGCGCAAUGUGACAUUUUUAGUCGCCACUGUUUUUAAAUUUAAUUAGAGCUUAUGUCAUAAAAAAGUCAUAACAAUAUGUUGUAUCGAAGAAAUACUACAGUGAUAGAAAUUUCAACAUCUGAGCACUUUUUACAACAAAAAGUCAAACAUGAACAAAAACAUGAAAAAUCAGAACCAGAGCUAUUGACAUUUAUUGUACAAUAAUAAGAUAAAAACACACUCUUUAAUGUUUAGACAGAUGAUAAAGUUCACUAGCUAACAAUUUUCC